AUGCUGUCUUCGACCUACAAGUUCUUCCCUCCCGAGUUAUCUCGUGUUCACAUUGCGCUCUUUACAAACGUUCAAAAUGCAUCCGAAUUGAGAUCGCGACUUAUUAAGGCCUCAACUAUGGAAGGAGAAGAAGGCGAGGAGGAGAGGGAAGCUGUGAAUUUUGCUUUUGUGGAUGCUGCACCAAUAACUAGCCUGCUACACCUCCAGACGGCAAUUCAACAGGCAACGCUUGCAUCGACAGAUGGGACUUUGCGCACCAAAACCGUCCACUCAGAGAUACUAUGGGCUCUAAACAAUAGUAACAACAUCAGCGAAUCCAUCAAAAGAUUUGGCAUCUCCGAUUCGUCCAAAUCUGUGUUUGUCGUGCGGGUUACCAGUCCUGAGCUUUCCGUUGAAAAUAUACUGGGGUCAAUGAAAGCCGCUAUCCAGGGUGAAGAAGUUCCGAUCGAGGCUCUAUCAGAAAUUACCGACUGGCCACUCGUGUGCAAGUAUUACAAAGUUUCGAACGACCCGGCCGUAGUAGAGUUAACAAAAGGAAGCAAAGAAGAAUCUCAAAAGUUCUCCGAGGAAGCCAAGGCAGCAAUCAAUGAAAUCGUCGUAAGCUCUGUAGCAAUGAAGAAUGUCAUGUCGUGA